AUGGCGGACUGCCUCAUGUCGUACAGCCGCAUGCUUCACCUCAUGCCCGGCCGUAGUCGCGAUCUCGUCGCCGCCGGUGCCAGCGUCUUGGAGCACGUGUUGGAGUCGCUGCGGAACCUGCUCGAUACGAACCAGGUGAAGGGCGUGGAAGCCGAGCGGCUGCUAUUUGAGGUGGAGAGGGAUUUGGGCCGCCUGCAGUUCGAACUUGCCGUGGCGCCCGAGGCCUUCCCCGUGCAGGCAGUGCGCUUGCAGUGCGCACACGCUGCCCGUGUUCUCCGCUCCGUGUGA